AUGAACAUUGAUCAAAAUGUGCAUGCUUUCGAGGAGCGCUGGAUCGGCAGGGGAACCUAUGGGCAAGUUUUCGAGCUUGUCGGCCAUCAACCACCUGCCGUCAUCAAAUACAUCGACUGUGACACAAAGGAGAAACUCGCGGCGUUUAAAAUCGAAUGGGAGACGAUGAAAGAGUUGAAUCACACGAAUCUGGUGCCACUCAUCGGCACAAAGAUUAUUGAGGGAUUUUCAUUCGGCACUAGAAGAGACAAAUUCGGCAUCAUUAUGGAGUACUGUGAAGGGGGAACGCUCAAGAAUUUACUCCAAGAGAAGAAAAUGAUUUAUUCAAUGGGAACGGUGUUGGAAUGGGCGCAACAACUUUUCGAUGGACUUUCCUAUUUAUUUGAGCGACACAAACUCGUCCACCGGGACAUCAAGCCAGACAACGUUUUUGUCAUGGGUUGUAUGGCGAAUUACACAUUGAAAUUCGGGGAUUUCGGUUUGGUGAAAGUGAUCGAGCAAACCGGUACAGGAUCGCUGGGGCCAACAACGAGAUACACGAGUCCUCCGCAAUUCGACGGAACCAAAGCCGUUCCAGAUCAAAUGAAAGCCGAUCCUGAAAACUCACAUCGAAACGACGUGUACAGCUUGGGGCUCAUCUUGUGGGAGAUCAUCGAGAGACGCAUUGUGUACUCGGCUUACAAUUAUGAGGCUAUUUACGAUGGGCAGGGUUGCUUCAAUAGGGAUACCUUUCUGAUUGACAUCAUUCUAAAGAGAUUCACGAAACUCGAGUCACCACAAUGUCAGUCAGACAUUCAGGAACUUGUCGACAGGUGUACAAAUUUCAAUCGUGACCACCGGCCCAACGCCAAGGAGAUUUUUGAGGAAAUCCAGAGGAUAAAAUCGGAAAAUCUCUUUAUCAGCGAGCUCGAUCCUCUGCCUCGAAUCGAAGAAAGCCAAACAAAACUUUUGCGUCCAAUCGGUUUCGAUGGACAAUUUGAGAGAAUUGCUGUGGAAGUUGAUGAGCUCUCCAGCUUUUCAUCCCUUUCUUUUUCCCUUUCUUCGUCCAAUCGUUUCAGCUAUGGGCCAUUCAUCGAAGAACUGACUCAAAAAGACGCAAGCUCGGCGUUAUUCGAGGCAAAAAUUGUGCCACUUUUGCUUGAGAAAUUCCUGAGUCUCAGCGAUGAGCAAAAGGAGAAUUUCUAUCAAAACGUUCCAAAAAUUAUUAGCAGAAAUGUCGAUAAAAUUCACAAAUUCCACGAAUGGGAAGAACUCUACGGGAAGAUUCAAGGGAAUUGCACAUAUUCAAGCCCGGUGAAGAACUCGGAGAAUAUCGAGGAGCUUUUCGAGUUGAUGAUCAUCAACGACUUCUACUGCCUUGUCGAGUGUCUUUACUCGUUUUUCAAUUUCCUCGAAUCGUCUGUGAAAAUCUCGCUCUCACCUUGGAGUAACUAUCAGGAAAGCGUUAAAGUGUUGGCUAAAUUGGAAGACUUUAAACGAAGUCGGUACACCACGCGAAUCUAUUUCAAGUCCUACUUUUCUGAAGCCACUCACGAGACUUGGUUCUUCAUUGACGAGGUGCAUCAAGAACUUCAAAGAUUUGUUAGAAAAGAUCUUCUAAAUGUGAUGACUUUUGAUGGAUAUCGGCUAAACGUCAGAGAACGUGAGAUUUUGAUUUCUGGAGCGCGAGGAGCAGCUGGGUACGAGAGGUUGCCCGAGCACGACGAACUGCAUCUCACUGGCUUGGAGCCAAUCGAUCUCUUCAAAGUAAUCGAGGCGAUGAAGAAAAUCUCGGAGAAUCUCGUGAAAAUGGGGGAGAUCACAAUGAGUAAACAGGUACGUUGCAUUGGGCGUUGCCAAGAAGUGAGAAGU